AUGAGUGACAGUGGGACCAAAGAGCCGUCUCCCCCGGCAACCACUGACCAGUCUCCUCCUGAACCUCCGCGCAGGGGCAGGGGUCGGCCCAGGAAACAGCAGCAGGAGCCUGUUGGACCCCCGACUCCAAAGCGACCGAGAGGACGACCGAAAGGCAGCAAGAACAAAGGCCCCAAAAUUGCACCCAAGAAGAUAGAGCCGGUUGGGGAGAGACGACCACGCGGGCGACCCAGGAAAUGGCCUCAAAGAGUAGUUCAAGAAGUAACUGAAGAGCAGCAGGGCCCUUCAGGGGGGGCCGAGGAGGGCCCGUCGCAGGGCUCGUCAUCUCAGGACACGCCGCAGGAGGAAGGGGAGUAG